AUGCCUAGAGAUGUAACCGUCUACGACUGGGUUUUACUUGAUAAUAAGGGUUGGAGAUCGAACUCCAGCUUCGUUGCAUUUAGACUGAAUGACUUAAGGCGCACUGGCUAUAUUGAACGUGUCGAGUUAAAAGAGAUGGUGCUGGCUCUUUUCAGUGAAUCAGAUUUAUGCCUUUCUGAUGAUGUUGUUGAUCAAAUAGUCGAUAAGACUUUCAUGGAGUCAGAUAAGAAGGGUGAUGGAAAGAUAGAUCUGGACGAAUGGAAGGAAUUUGUAGAUAUAAAUCCAUCAUUGCUGAAUAACAUGACUCUUCCAUACUUAAAGUAA